UUCCCCGUGCUUAGUAACGCUCACGUCUUCUGGGGACAUCACAGAUAUAUAUUUUGUGCUUGUCUUUCGAAAGCUGUGAGAGAUUUUUUUUUAUUUAUUUUUUUUAAAGGASUGUUUGAACUGUGGAGUUUUCCCCCGUCAUCAAAUGGAUGCACGUGCGUGAGGGGAAUACUAAUAAACGGCGCGCUGCGUCCUGCGGAGGCUCACAGCUUCCCUUUUCCAUCGCCGCUCCAAAGGGGGCCAAGCAGAGCUCAUCAAUCCCCCCCACCACACUGUUUGCCGACCUGCGGGAUUUUUUACUGCCUCAACUCAGGAAUUAACGAGCCUGAGCUGUGGAACCUUCGUUCCCAGUUUGUUUUUUUUUUUUUUUGGAGGGUGGAUCCAAUCCUCCUGCGUGGGAGGGGGUGGAGGGCACAUCAAAAUGGGGAACAGCUUCUCCAACAUCUCUGCCUUCCAGUCACUUCACAUCGUCAUGCUGGGUUUGGACUCUGCCGGUAAGACCACCGUUCUUUACAGGCUGAAAUUCAACGAAUUCGUCAACACCGUCCCCACGAUCGGCUUCAACACGGAGAAGAUCAGGCUGAGUAACGGCACGGCGAAGGGCAUCAGCUGUCACUUUUGGGACGUGGGUGGACAGGAGAAGCUGCGGCCGCUGUGGAAGUCCUACAGCCGCUGCACGGACGGCAUCAUCUACGUGGUGGACUCGGUGGACGUGGACCGGCUGGAGGAGGCCAAGACCGAGCUGCAUAAGGUCACCAAGUUCGCGGAGAACCAGGGCACGCCACUGCUGGUCAUCGCCAACAAGCAGGACCUGCCCAAGUCUCUGCCAGUGGCCGACAUCGAGAAGCAGCUGGCCCUGCACGAGCUCGCGCCCUCCACSACGUACCACGUUCAACCCGCGUGCGCCAUCAUCGGAGAGGGGCUUCACGAGGGCAUGGACAAGCUGUACGAGAUGAUCGUGAAGAGGAGGAAGUCUCUGAAGCAGAGGAAGAAGCAGCAGCGGUAACGGUGGCCGGAGCUGGACUCCGACUCUGCCUGACUUACUGUGAGGAAUCCCGGGUUCUGCCAUUUUUGCGGCGCCCGGUUCGGGUGGACUUCCGGUUUGCUUCCAUCCUGUGUUUCGAGUCAAACCUGUUAAGCCCUUUCUGAGUGAUGCUUUUGCACACAGACGGUUGCAAGGUUGUCAAUGGAACUUCAAACCAAAAAAAAAAGAAAAGAAAAGAAAGAAGAAAGAAAGAAAGAAACAAAGAAAGAAACAAAGAAAGAAAGAAAGAAAGAAACAAACAAAGAAAGAAAGAAAGACCUGUGAUACAGAAAUUGUGAGAGAAACGGGCUGGCCUGUUUUAUCUGCUGCUUUGUCUUCAACUUUACAGGAACAGUUUGGCUGUUUUGAAUUUAGAUUCUGUUAAGUCAUCUCACCUCCAGUAGACAGAUGUCUGAUUGCAAAGAGUUGGUUAAACGUGAGGAAACUAAGAGUGAUGGAAGGACAGAUCCGUAAAAAUUUAGAGCAACUGAGACUGGAAAUGUUCCUAUUUGUGGGGUUGAACAACUAUAAUUUCCCACGAGCGGCCCGUUAAAAGUUUGCUUUUUAACAUUCAAAGAAAGUUACUUUUUUUUUUAGCUGAAGUUGUGGGUUGAGGCUGUSRUCUAGGCACAAGCUGGUUAAACGUAGUCAGUCAUAGAUUGAUAAGCAAAAAAAUACACCUGGUGUCAAUUUUUCCACCUUUUGUCCUAAAUCUGUUUGUUAGUAGCAUAUAUCAUAAAACUGUUAGUUUUACACAAUAUGACACUCCCAUGUUUUUGUGAUUAGCGGAUGUUAUGCAAACUCAGUGUUUUAUAGGUUCCACCCCUCACAAAACAACAAAUAAAUAAAUAAAAUACUGUAGAUGAUAAUUAUGUCUUCAUCUGUAGUUAUAGGAUUUUUUUUGGUAUAGAUAAAACCAACACAACAUUGGAAAACAAAGAUGUCAUAAACCUAACAUUCUUUUUUUUUUUUUUUUUUUGCAAUUUCCAUUAAAUGAUCUUGCUGUACUUACUCACUAUCAGCUAACUGUGAAUUCAUAGAACAGACAGCCUCAAUCAAACUUUAGGCCUACUAAUGUGAGGUGCAGUUACAUAACUUUUAUGAAAAAUAUACUUUUUACAUAUUCAUUGAAACUGUCACCAUGUCAUAACAGUAUGUUAUGACACAGAUGAUUUGUGAAUAAACUGCUCUCCUCUGAUCCCUAUUGAACUAUUGCAUCAGGUAGUUGGAUGUGCCCAUCUUUAUCCAGAUCUAAUGAUUACUGAAGGGCAAUAUAGCAUACAGACUUCAUAAUCUGCACUCUUUUGGUUCAAAGUAGUUUGUAUUUUAUGUUGCGUUUAGUUUUCAUUCAAGAGCAUUUUUUGUAUUAACAGAGACCGAGAGUCCAUUUUAUUUUUGUUUUUGGUUGUUUUGCUUAUUUUGUUCACCAGUUCCAGUGUUUAGUGUUCUUUUGAAAUUAAAGUAUUUAUUUUUGGCAGAAUGUGCUGGCAUUGUAAUGUCAUUACCAUCACAUCAGUUUAAAAUUGUCUUCAAAAAAAUAUUGUUAUCGCAAUACUUUUUGAGACAAUGCAAAAUUUGUUAUGGUGACAUUUCACAAAUUAUCUGUAUCGUACCACCCUGUCACAACAUAGUGACAGUUUGAACACACAUGUAUAAAACUAUUUUUAUAAAAGUUAUAUACAGCAGCUUUAAAGGUUGAGACAGCUCGUUUCUGCCGUUGAGGAGCGYACGAACAGUUUCAGUUCAUUUUACAAAAAAGCUGUGAAAACGAGGUCUUUAAAAUAUAACAGGAACAUUUCAGCAGUUUAGUAGUUAGACUUCCCCGCUCUUUGAGGAUUUCAUCACUUUUCUUUAAGCUCACUGCAAUUUGACGUGGAAACAUUUCUUAUAGAGCAAUUUUUAUCAGCAUCUGGAACGCAGACAUGACUUCUGCAUUCCACGUGAAAUAUCUGGACUGACCCUUCAACGCUGAAGAAACUGUGGCUCAUUGGGACUUCAUUAAUUAACUGACUCAGAUACCUUUAUUUCCAUCCACAGGUGAAAGUCGGGGUCACAGGUGACUUUUCUCUUUUUAUGUUUCCUCACUAACAUCUAAGGUAUCAGUUGAACACUGUGUGUGUCACACAGACUGUUUUUGUUUUGCUAUUUGGAGCAAAUGAAGCAUCUACUACUUUGCACUUUUCAGUUACUAAAAACAAACCAGUAGGAAACCACACUGUGUGAAUAUAGCAGCAGAGCAAAGUUGUUCAUGUACCAAGAAGCCAAAAUGGAAGUAUUUUUUAAUAAUAAACUAUUUUAAGCCCAGAA